UAAACAGUUCAGCAAGACGAAUUAGGAAUUUAAAUUCCCUACAUUACUCACAUUGCACCCCCACAAUAAUUGCAGGUGGUAUGAUCCAAUCCGCCACAGGGAUGGUUGUAACGAAGAACUACAACAGAAUGGGGCGGUGAAGACUUACGGUCCCGACUACACGGCGUUACGUUUUUACGCAGAUAAAAAAAGAAUAACAAAGUACUGGAACCACAUGCAACUGAAAAUUGAGUUCUCUCCCCUCUGUCACCGUGAUAAUGCAGUAUGGAUGUUCUGUCCUGGAACAAAUGAAAAGUAAAGGAUAGAGGGAGAAAUCAAAACACAGAGGCAGUUUGACGACGUAUGAUUUAGGUCAGACAUUUGUGAGACAUGAUGUCUGCCAAGCAGGAACGAACUAUUUGUGUUCUGCUUCCCAACAAAGAGCAGCUGGACAUCACUGUCGAGGUCAAGUCCACAGGCCAGGACGUCUUUAAUCGUGUAGCGGAGCUUCUUGGAAUCAAAGAGUUACACUUCUUUGGCCUCACAGUUGUGAGAGACAAUGAGCACAUAUUUUUAGACAUGGAGGAGAAAUUGACUAAGUACUUUCCUAAGGAGUGGAAGCAGGACUCUGGAAAGGGAUCACUCAAGAGACAUUUUCCUCUUCUACUCUGCUUAAAAGCCCAAUACUAUGUGGAGAAUGGAAGACUGAUAGGUGAGAGAAAGGCACGGCAGCUCUACUACUCCGACUUGCGAGAGCGAGUGCUGCGCUCCGAGUGUCGUCAGCAGGAGGAGGUUUACUUUCAGCUGGCUGGUUACGCGCUGCAGGCUGACCUCGGUGAUCACCCGCUGCCGGGGGAGGGCCACCAGGUCAACCCUUAUUUUGAACCCAAGGACUACUUCCCACCAUGGAUCGUAGCUAAGCGGGGGGUGGACUAUCUGCUCUGCCAUGGGCCCAAGGUCCACCAGGAGCUGUGGGGCAUGUCUGCCCGGGAUGCCAUCCUCUGCUUCAUAAGAGACUCGUGUCAGCUGGAGGAUGUACCAGUCAUAUUUUACAGACUGCAAAAGGACAAAAAGGAGGAGAAAGGAACAGCGUUGCUCGGUCUGACCCUGCAAGGAAUGCAAGUUUAUCAGGAGGUGAACAACACACGGCAGCUGUUAUAUGACUUCCCUUGGUCAAAUGUUGGACGUCUAACCUUCCUGGGUAAGAAAUUUGAGAUCCAGCCAGAUGGCUUGCCAUCAGCCAGGAAGCUGGUUUACUUCACUGGGUCAUCAUUUCGCUCCCGCCACCUCCUCUUGCACCUGAGCAGCAGCCAUCAGCUCUACCUCAGUAUCCAGCCGGCUCUUAAACACCUUCGCCAGCUGGAGGAAAGCAAAGAGAAGAAGUGUUACAGGGAGUCAUACAUUAGUGACGAUCUGGAUAUGGACCCACCGGGCAGUGAAAGCAGCCCUGGUCUGUCCAGGCACUCCACCAGCAGCUCUGGCAUCGAAGCAGAUGCACGUCAGCACAGCAUCUACACAGAAAUUACCUCCAUGGAGGAGCGGCCAGAAGAAAAGUGUUUGAGCUCAGCAACCAGCCAAGACAGCGCAUGCACCUCUGGGUUCGACACAGGCAGCAAGGCUCGAAUGGAAAACAACUCAUGGGAAGAAGACGGAGUCAAGACUGAUGUUGACCGUCCAAAGGAGUUACUUGUUGAUGAUCCUGAGAUGUUCCAGUUAGCUGAUCUUCUGGAAGGCGUGUCAGUGGAUUGUGCAGAACUCUCCUCAGAGUCUUACUCAACAGAAAACAGUCGUCUGCCAGUAGGUGAUAAAGAUGCUGGAAAUUUGGACAAAACAGUGAAACAGAUACUGGAAUCCAGUGCACAGGUUUGUGUGGAUCGGCACAGCCACAGUCUGGAUGAUGUCCGUCUCAUCCCAAGUCCUGCACCUCUUAAGAUGCGUAAACUGAGCAGAAUGAGUUCGGUAUUAAUUAACGCAGUAUUGUCCAGCUCUCCUGACUACGACCUUUUGUUUGAAUCUCUGUCCUGGCCGAGCGAAUCCUGGCCACAGACUGAGCGAGUGGAGGCACUGACAGUCCUCGUAGAGGGACUCGGACCGCUCCUGAGAGACACGGACUCGAGUUCUUUAACAGACGGAAAGACACGAUGUAUUAAAGAAAAAAUCGAGUCUCUCAUUUGGAAGAAAUGUCUCCCGUCCUUCUCCAGCCUGUCGACAGAGGCAGAGGGGGGUGCUCGCUGCAGGGAGACCACCGGCGCGCUCUGCAGACUUCUGAGUGCCUGCCUGGCUCUGUGCGACCAAGCUGUUUGCAGGCGAGCCGCGUUGUCCACUUUGCAGUCCUUCCAAACGCCAGAGGAAGACCUGCCGGGUCCGGGGCGGCUUAAUCUGGAGGUUGCCACCGAAGUCAUAGCAGCCCUUAUUCCUUAUUUCUCAGCGGAUCAGCAGCUCAUCCACGACACCUUAUCGUCCGCCCUGUGCUCCGUCAGGUCCCUCCCCGACGCAGGGGCCUCCAAAAUCAUUGUCAGGGUUCUUUUGACACUUCUAAACUGCUGCAGCGGCGACAUAUGGGACGGUGUCCUGCUGUCCAUUCUGGAGGAUCUGUGCGGCUGGCACUCCGCUACCCGCACAGCUGCGGUCACCGAGCGGACGGUGCUGUGUUUGACCGCCCUAUCAGACCACCUCCUGGAUCCGCACUGCCCUCCCUCCUCCAGCCUCCGUAGGCCGGACCCCCGUUUGUGUCCUCAGUUCUGGAGGAUCCUUCAGGACGGACUGACCCACAGAGACGGCGUGUCCCGUAAGAGGGCCCUGUUCCUGCUCAAAAGAUGUGCGGCCCGGUCAGAGGAGGAGGGCAAAGACUCUCCCUCUGCAGCCGCUGCAGAUGAGCUGCUGUUUAAAUGGGACCCAAACAAGAGCAAGGCGCUUAAAGAGUUUUGGGAGGAUUACGCUCUGGUGAUGGAGACGCUGGAGGAAAACCAGAUUCAUGUUGUUCGGCCAGUUUUAAACAGAAUAGACAUGCUGAUCCAAACAACUGCCGAUAAUAGCCACGGUCAAGGCCUCUUCCACCCCUCAUGGCUGCUGUGUGUUUACCAGCGCAUGUUCCACAGCGAGAACAAAUCCCUAAUGAGGGAAGGGGUGUGUCAUUUGCUGGAGCUGCAGGUCCUCCAGCAGUCAGCCUUUGCAUUGGCUUUUUCCCAGUUCAUUGUCGGGCCCUUUUUGGAUGUUCUUUCUGAAACUUCACUCUACCACAGGUCAGCUGGGCAGAGUGUUGGCGACUGUCCAGAGCUGGCAUUGAAACUCCACGCCUUCAUGACCACCUUCUUCAGCAGCCUGCCCGAAGAAAACCGAGGCCGUGUGUUGGUUCAGCUCAUUCAGCAGCUCGGCUCCAAGCACUGGUGUGCAGUUCCCCUCCUCUUCGUGUGUCAGGCUCUGUCCACACUUCCCCGAUGUCCACUGCUCGGCCUCGGCUGGCUGAGCGCCUUAAGAGAGGUGUUGCGCUGCACCAUGAUCACUCACCAGGUGCUGCUGAGAGGCGCUGCCCAGUGCUUCUUGCUAAGCAGCACCCUGCAUCUCACAGAGCUGAGUGAAGUCACGCUGGAUGAUGUUUUUAGUUUCCUGAUGCAUUUCCGUGCUGAUGAGUCGCUUUGUAGAGGCACAGAGCUCUGGCAGCAGUUGUGUGCCUGGCUAACAGAGCAUGAAGGUGGUUUCAAGUCCACGAUCAUGGAUGGAAAUUCCUCUGAUGCUUCCAAAAAGAAGGAAACCAUCAGAGCUUACGUUGAAAAGGAGAUGCAGUCCUAUUUCCGGGUUCCAGCUAGCACAGGUCAGAUUGAAAAGUUACCCGACCCUAGAGAGGCCGAUAAACUAUCGAGGGCCAUUCUGCUGUGUGUGGACAUGGAGAGGAAUCGAGCGGAAGCCGAUAUCAAUAAAACUCUGGAGUCGCUGCUGUCCCCUCUGCUGGACACUUUGAGCCGACUCAGCACCAACUUGUACAUGCCUCUGCGCAAGAGUGACAGGAGCCUGCAGCUGCUGCUCAGACUGCUGCAGCUCGGAGAGGGGCCUCUGUGUCAGCCCCCCAGAGCAGAGGAAGGGGAUCAUGUCAUGGUUGCCAUAAAGAGAAUGUUUUUUAAAGUGGUUGAUCCAAUCCAAGAGUUUAUCUUGUGGAGGCUGUGUGGGGAACUGCAGGAGCUGUUUGACGUGGGCCGAGCAGAGCUCUAUCUCAGCGUCCUGAAGCAGCUCCUGGUCACGUGCAGGUCUGCAUCACAAAUCUGCAUUAAUAUUCAGCAGAAUGGAUUCCCUAAACUCAUCCAACACAACCUCAAAGUACUGAAAGAGCCCAGCCAGCAGAUUCCCUCAGUGAAAAACCAGGUGGCCAGAGCAGUGAGCAUGGCCUCCCUGGCCGCUGUAUGUGGCCUUAUGGAGCAGGAAUGGAUCGUUAUUCAGUCAGAGACUAAAUCCGCUCUGAAAUCUGCGAAUGAUUACUUCUACGUGCCAAUGAUAUCCUCGCAAUGUCAAGUUUCUUUCGGAAACAUCAACAAACGCCUCACAAAACCGCAGCUAACAGAUUGUCCAAGUGAUCUGGAAACGCAGAAUGUGCUGCAGCGGGACUGGGGACGCAUCGCUGCCAACUUUAUGCGGGACCAGUGGAUUUGUCUGAACUUCCUGAUCAAGGCUGUCGGGACUCCCGAGUCAGGGGAGACUUCCAGGGCAUCAGAGACUCUACCAGCUGCUCUGAGUCUCAGCAUUGAGGCCCUGUCUCUGCUUCCCAGCGACCUGGUGCUGCCUGUGCUCUCCUUUAUGGAGACAGUGCUGCCACAGUUAGUUGACGACGAAACGGAGCUCUGUGUGCAGGCUGUGGCUCUGAGCUGGGAGCUGGUUCAGGGCCUAAGCACUAAUGCCCAUGACUUCUGGUUAGCUCUGAAAGGCUUCAUCUCCAUGUCUUUCCAGCACAAACUGCUCAGCCUGUCACACACUCAGGCCCCAACCCUCACGGCCACUCUGAAGCAGAUCACGGCAGAGUUGCUGGAGCUCUCGCAGACCAAGAGUGGCGUGUUCGGCGUGCUGCUUCAGCACUGCUGUCAGACGUGGCUGCCCACAGAUCCAGUGGGUGGCCAACAGGCCGACACCGUCUUCUCCAGUGUUUUCAGCCACGUCAACAUACUGGCGGAGGCUUGUGUCUAUGGACCGGUACUAGUCACAGAUGUUCAAAUCUAUGUGGAGCAGCUUGGUGAAAAGUGUGCCGCUAACGUGGCAGUUGCAAGUGACAACAGGGACGAUCAGCUGCCCCGCACGUGUGCGGUGGCUUUCCUCAGUCGCCUUGAUCCUUCUAAUCCACAACAUAAAAGGCUCAUAGAGGAGCUGGUCGUGGAGUUGCUGAAAAGGGAUAAUGACAUUUCAAAGUCUAAAGUACGUUACUAUAGUAACUCCCUCCAACAUCGGGUGAAAAACAGAGUAUGGCAAACAAUGCUGCUGCUGCUGCCCAAACUCUCCAAGGAAUUCGUUGCCUCUCUCUUAAAUCGAGUGUUUGAGGCUGGCUUUUGCAGUAAUCAGGCCUCGGUGAAGUACCUGAUCGAAUGGCUGAUGGUUCUGAUCCUUGUCCGGUAUCCACAACACAUGGACAGCUUUUGGACGUGCUUCAACACGGGUCACGAGCAGACCAAGACAAGCGUCUGCACUUUUCUCUCCGUCCUGGUACAUUUCAGCAUCAUCAUCCCACAUCUGAAGGAUGAGGCGGUGCAGCUGCGUAAAGCAUUAGACGUCAUCCUGCAGUCCUGCUUCAAUCACAACUUCAGCGUGCGUCUGUACGCCCUGCUUGCGCUGAAGAGGGUGUGGAGCCUCGCGGAGAGCCGGGUAGAAGAGGAGGCUGCCGCCGUGGGAGGACUGUCCUCGGUGGUUAGGGCCUGUCUGAGUCAGGCUGAGACCAUGCAGAGCGCCGGAAACGCAAACAAGAACUGGCUGAGGAUUCAGGAGCACUUCUUCUUUGGUGCUUUUCAUCCUGUCAGGGACUACAGUGUUGAGACCAUCUUCUACACUUUCCCCAGUUUGUCAGACUUAGCGGAUGAUGAGUGGAUCCCACCGUGGAAGUUUGAGAAGCUGCCCUGGAUUUCUGGGAGCUCUUCGCUUCCGUUGAAGAAUCCUUCUUCUGAGCUCGGUGAGCUCCAGCCUGGAGACUGGAUACAGCAAGACAGAAGUGAGCAGGAUAAGGAGGAGCGGUGGGCUGAGGUGCAGAAGAAGAUCACCCCCUGGAGGCUGGGGAUCCAGGAGCAGGAGCCUGAACUACAGCUGGUUCCAGCACAGAGGGCUGCCCGGCUUGGCAAAUUUCACGGAGCCCUACUCGUGGUGGCCUCGCUUAUUGAUAAGCCCACCAAUCUGGGAGGCCUUUGCAGGACCUGUGAGAUAUUUGGUGCCAGCGCUCUGGUUCUUGACAGCCUCCGCCACGUCAGCGACAAACACUUCCAGUCUCUGAGCGUCUCAUCUGAGCUGUGGCUUCCUUUGUCAGAGGUGAAGCCCGUGGAGCUUACUGACUUCCUGCAGGUAAAGAAGACUGAAGGUUACUGUAUUGUCGGAGUGGAGCAGACUGCCAACAGUCACAGCCUCCAGGACUACCAGUUCCCCGAGAAGACCCUCCUGCUUCUUGGAAAUGAACGGGAGGGCAUCCCUGCAAACUUACUCCAGAUGCUGGACGUGUGUGUGGAGAUCCCUCAGCAGGGAGUCAUCCGCUCACUCAACGUGCAUGUUAGCGCUGCCCUGUUGAUUUGGGAGUAUACACGGCAGCGUCUCGCCCUCUGUUCUGCUGAAGAAAAACACAACUGAAGCUUGAGUGGCGCAUCUUGACUAGACACCAGACUAUUCAGUGAUGAGCUCACUUCCUUUUUUGAUAUUCUGUGCAAAAAAAAAGUUUGAGGGUGACUUAGGUGAUCUGUUGGACGCGACUCUGCUGCGUCAUAAAGAACAGUGUUGCUUAUCACAUCUAAGUGUUCCACUUGGCCUGGUGUGUAUUAAUGGGGGUAAGCUAUAUUAGCAGCUGUGGAAAUUGAAAGCUUCCUCUUUUUUUUUACGGCCGCAACUCAUUUCUGGAAAGGACCCACAAAAUUCUAAAAUGCUGUUUUGCUCCUGGUCUGUAUUCUGAAUUAUUUUGAUACUAUGUGUAAUGAGGUGUUUUUUUUAAUUAAUCAUUUUAGCAAAAUAAAACAAUUUAGCAUAUCUGGAAUGUAUUUGCAUGGAUCAGAUUGUCGAGAAGGUGGCAUUGAAAGAGUUAACAAGUAGGCGUUGGUGCCCCCUCCUCCCUGCUCUCAAUAAAUAAAGCAGCUUGUUCACCUGGAGACCGUCAGAUCAGAAUGGGAGCAGAUGGAGUUCUGUGGUCACAGUGAUUUCUCUUUACACCAAGUCUCACUUUUACCGUGGAUGACUCCUUUGUAUAAGGAAAGGGGUUAUUGGAGUGAGAGAUGGGCGAUCUGGAAGGUUCCAGGUCACUUAAGGGUGCAAUGGUCAACACAAGCCAGACUGAUGCCUCAGAGAGCGGGCUGUCUCCGUGGGCCCAGCUGGUCCUGCAGGUUCUGAUGGUGCUCAUGAGUUUGGGAGCUGUGACAGGUAGGCAUAACUUUACCUGAAGAUACAUCAGUUAAAUGCCUCUUUUCCCUUGUAGCUUUCACACUUCCUUAGCUUUUUAUAGAGCUGUUAAAGGUCCUGCCAGCCAGAGCUGUCCAUAAAUCAGAGCAGGUUUUUAACAUGUCUGCUUACUUUGGAGUUCUGCUCCUCCUGAAAAGCCUA